CCGUCGCCCGGUGGCCUAUAAAGCUCAUUGGCUGAUCCCGAGUAAUGCUGCGGACCUGAUAGAGGACGGGGGUUGGGGGGGGGGGGGCCUUCAGAUAAAAGGGGAGACAGACAGCGGGACUCAUCUGGAUCAACGAGACCCGAAUCAACCGGAGACCGAAGACCCGAUACCGGCUACGACCGUACCCCGUUGGUCUCUACCGGACUUUGCCGACUCAGUGAGACUCUGCCCGGCCGGUGAUCCUCGGAGCGGCGGAGCAGGAGGAGGAACAAGCUGUAGAUGUGACCCACCUCCUCUGACCUUCAGCAGGAAGUUCAACCAACACGUCAGUUGCAGUGCAUCAUGAGAUAUGUGGCCUUUUUCGCCGUCCUCUGCGUGGUGACAUCAUCAGUGUGUGCUGGAGUGGGCGGGGCCAGUCAGGGUGGCGCUGUGCUGUGUCCUCUGCAGUGUGUGUGUGAGACCAGACCCUGGUACACGCCGCAGUCCGUGUACCACCAGGCCAGAACCGUGGACUGUAACGAGCUGCACCUGCACCGAGUACCAGUCAACGUCUCCUCUGACACUCAGGUUCUGCUGCUGCAGAGUAACAACAUCUCCUCCAUCAACACGGAACUCCAGAGUCUGACCAACCUGACAGAACUGGACCUGUCCCAGAACCACUUCACCCAGGUGAGCUCUAUGGGUCUGUCCUCUCUGGGUCAGUUGGUGACUCUGUACCUGGAGGAGAACCACAUUCAGGAGUUGGAGGACUUCAGUCUGAGGAACCUUUCCAGUCUGGAGGAGCUCUACAUCAACCACAACCACAUCUCCUCCAUCGAACCCAAAGCCUUUGCUGGACUCAACAACCUGCUGCGGCUCCACCUGAACUCCAACCGGCUGGUGGCCAUCGACAGCCGCUGGUUCGAGUCCCUGCCGUCCCUGGAGAUCCUGAUGAUCGGGGAAAACCCCAUCCUGGGUCUGGAGGAGAAGAACUUCCUGCCUCUGUCCCGCCUCCACAGCCUGGUCCUGGCUGGGAUGGGUCUGGCCUCUGUCCCCUCCGCUGCCUUCCUGGGCCUCGACUACCUGGAGAGUCUGUCCUUCUACAACAACCGGCUCAGGUCUGUACCUCGGGACGCACUGAGCGUGCUCCCUAACCUCAAGUUCCUGGACCUGAACAGGAACCCGAUCAGCCGAGUCCAGCAGGGAGAUUUUCAGAACCUUCAGCACCUGGAGGAGCUCAGUCUGAACAACAUGGAGCAGCUCCUGAUGGUCGAGCGAGCAGCUUUCAAGAACCUUCCAGAAAUUGUUAAACUGGAACUCUGCAGCAACCCGAGACUUUCUUACAUCGACCCAGAGGCCUUCAGGUGUCUGUCUGUCUCUCUGUCUCUCUCUCUUUCUCUCUCUCUCUGUCUGUCUCUCUCUCU